AUGGGAGCAGCCAACGGGAAGAAGAGGGAAUACACUGUGCAGCAGUCGUCUGGGACCAACAGAAAUGUCCGAGGCGCUGUGAUCAUUAUGUGGACAGAGGAGACCAACACUAACUUUAUCAGUGUGAAGGAGCAGCAUCCUCAGAGCUUCAGACCUGGGGGGAUGAUCACCUCAGUGUCGGCGCACGCGCAGCUGCAGCGCUCUGACCGGAAGUCCUCUCCCCUCUAUGUCCCGCCCCCCGACUACGAGUCCCCCAGUGAUGACAUCAUCCAACCACGCAAACUCAGCAAUCCAGUGAGAGAGUCCAAGAGCCACAGAGAGCUGCAUCGAGAGCUCCUGACGCAGUGUAAGAGGUCUGGAGAUAUGGUGGAGGUGAAGCCGGAGCUCCAGCGCGUCCUAGACUCUCGCCGCAGGGAGCAGAGGCUCUCGAUAAGGAGGCAGGAGGAAGAGGCCCACAAGAAGCUGUCUCCUCUAGAACAGGAACUGAAGAGGAGGAAAGGCAUCCUGGAGGAGUUGGAGCAGGAGGAGCAGCGGCUGAAACUAGAAUCAAUUUUCCUCUCUUCCCGGGACUUUACCGGGGUUUACCGGGACUUACUGAGGCCGUACCGGGACCUGGGCUGUGUGCGGGCUUCGGGCAGGCCGGGAGCUGGGGGAGGCCGCCCCGAGAGCCGAAGGCGUGUCGCGGUGCAGCCCUGCAACAGUGUAACAGGUGAGGUCAUGUCUAUGCAGCCCCAGCCAGAGGCCCCCGAGGCCGCCUGGGGUCUGGAGUCCCUGGGUCUGUCCCAGAAGGAGCUGGUUCUGGCUGAAGCUCUGCAGAUGGAGUACGAUGCUCUGUCCCAGAUCAAACAGGAUCAAAGCAAAACCAGUCUCCCCAUCCAGAGGCCGAGUGGAGUCCAGGACCAGACCACGACCACUGCCCCAUCAGUCCAGUCCAUCCAGAGACUGAGUACAGUCCAGGACCAGACCAGGACCACCGCCCCAUCAGUCCAGUCCAUCCAGAGACCCAGACCCACCACAACCAGAGCCUUCACUGGAGACCUGACCGGAUUGGUUUCAGGCUCAGACCUGGUUCUGGAUCAGGCAGGGGGCUCCCAGCACACGCUGACCCCAGCUCGGGUGCCUCUCUCUGGGAUGAGUGUGUCCAAAGGGCCCCUGUACAUCCUGGAGGCUCCGGAGAGCACUGACUUCCAAGAGAAAUGCUCCCAGAGUUUUCCGGACGACGUUCCCCCAGCUCUGCCCCCCCGGCUACCCAUCACCCCUGCACACCCAGAGCCCCUCAGCAGCAGCUCGACCUCCAGGGCCCCCCCACCUCCACCCCCUAACCACCCCACACGCCUCCCGCCCCGUGACGUCAACCUGUUCAUCCCUGAGGGAGACCUGCUCAAAGUCCAGCCCAAGUUUGAACCCGACUUCGACAGCAUCAACCAAUCACUACUAAGACUCAACGAAAGCCCACCCCCCAGGCCACACAGGGACCAAUCAGGGAAGCCCGUGGCCCGCAGUAAGACCCUUCCCCCUCAGGUCCCGCCCAGAACCUAUCUCCCAGCGGCAAAGACCAAUCGCAGCCAGCGCAGAGUGUCAGCUGACCCGGUUCCUCUGGUUGCUUCAGGCUCUUCUCACACCAGUAGUACCAGUACCAGUACCAGUAGUUAUGAGCUUUUCCAGGUCUCUGAGGAGCGGGACGAGGAGGUGGCUGCCUUCUGUCACAUGCUCGACAUUCUGCGCUCAGCUUUCCCGCACUCAGACCUGGACUCAAAUCAGGGCUUUGUCUGGUCUCCGUCUCUCAGUCCUGACCUGAUCCAGGGUCUUGGAGUUUCAGUCAGAGUCUGUGUGAACUAUGAGGGAGCGAGGGAGCCGCUGGCCUUCACUUGUGACGGUUCCUCCACUGUGGACCUUCUCAUCUAUCAGACCCUGUGCUAUACUCAGGACCAGGAGGAUCUGGACGUGGACCAGUUCCUCAUGAAAGUAUGCGGCCUGGACGAGUAUCUCCCCAACGCGCAGACACUUGCUGCGCUGGAGUAUGUGCAACAGUGUCUGAAGUUUGACUGGGAUGUGAAGCUGCGGCUCGUGAGGAGAGCGGAGAUCAGCAUCGAGCUGCGGAGGACAAAAGAAGAUGAUGAUUCUUCUUCAUCCAUGAACCACGGAAUCCUGCUGCAGGAGCGGCCCAUCAAGCAGACGGUCACGAGAGAGGCGCUGACUCUGCUGCUCGACACUUUUCACAACGAGGCCGAGUGCUUUCUGCUGCAACAGGGGGAGCUAUCUCUGCACACUGAGCGCUUGGUGCAGUCAAUUAAAGCUCUGUGCAGUUCUUUGGCUUCGAUAGAGACGCCUGAAGUCACAGCUGCCCUGAACCUCCUGCCUGCCUGUCCGUGCCGUGUGACACCCAAGGCUGCUAAGGACGCAUCUGCACUGGUCCUGAGAGAGAACAGAGAGCUGGUGGUGGAGAAGCUCACGGCAGCCAUCUUGGACCUGGUGCACUUGUACUGCAGCACGUUUAAUGCUAACUUCCAGCCGUGUGCACACACGCUGAGUGCUAGUGCGCCUGUGCAGGAGGCGGGGCUUGUGUCCACGCUGCUUUCAUUCAACGUGUACGCCGCCCACCGCGUGCCCAUCACCUGGGCCGCCAGUUACGAGGGCUUCUUCCUCACUUGUUCUCUCACUCACGGAGGAACGGAGCUGUGCGCGCCUCAGCACACCUCCAAACAGCCGGUGUCCAAAUACCUGUUCCACCUGGUGACGUGGGACCACCGGGUGUGCUUCCCCGUGCAGAUAAACCAGCUCCCUCGUGAGUCUGUUCUGACAGUGACCCUGUUUGCGAGUGUUCUGCCGCCUCCUGGAGGAGCAGAAGAGAAGAGCAGAGUGAAGAGACCGGUGGAGGCGCUGGGCUCUGUGUGUCUGCCGCUCUUCAGCUUCAGGCAUGUCCUCACCUGUGGACGUAAACUUCUGGGCCUGUGGUCGAGUUCUGGUCCCGGCACUCGCUCCAGUGCCGCCAACUCCAACCACAACUUCAACCACCCAGACAGCGUCAUACUACAGGUGGACUUCCCGACCUCCGCCUUCACCGUGCACUUCUCCACCCCUCCAGCCGCAGACUUCUGUCCUCAGUAUGACUUCAGUCGAUUGGACUCAGCUUCAGCAACACAAUUGCAGGACGUACUACACAAGAAGGCGGCUUUUUGGCUGACCGUGGAGGACAAGCGUCUGUUGUGGGAGAAGCGUUCGUUCUGUCAGUCCCAGACUUCUGCGCUUCCUCUGGUGCUCAGUAGCGCCCCCUGCUGGCAGUGGACAUGUUUACCGGAAAUCUACGGUCUGCUGCGCCAGUGGGCGUGUCUAGGCCCGCUAGACGCACUGGGGCUGUUGCACGCACAGUUCCCAGAUCAGGAGCUGAGGAGGACCGCGGUGCAAUGGAUGGACUCCAUCUCAGACGCAGACCUUCUAGACUUCCUCCCUCAACUGGUGCAGGCGCUGAAGUACGAGUGUUACCUGGACUCUGCUCUGGUCAGAUUUCUGCUGCGGAGAGCGAUUAGAGACGUGCGCAUCUGCCACCACCUGUUCUGGUUGCUCAAGGAUAAUCUGGAUGGUCCCUUCUCUGUCCGGUACCAGAGUUUUCUGGCUGCUCUCCUCUGCUGCGGGGGCCAUGGGGUCCGGGACCAGCUGCACCGGCAAGCCCACAUGGUGUCUGUGCUGACCGGCACGGCACAUCGGGUCAGAGAGGCCCCUGUGUCCAGCAGACAGGUAGUCCUCCGGGACAGCCUGGAGGACCUGGACCACUUCUUCUCGGUGAACCUGAGCUGCCGUCUGCCGCUGAACCCAGCUCUCGUGGUGAAGGGAGUCAACAUCAAGUUCUGCUCCUUCUACAACUCAAACGCUGUCCCCCUGAAGAUCAGCUUCAUCAACCAGGAUCCUCUGGGGGACAACAUCAACGUCAUCUUCAAGUCUGGAGACGACCUUCGGCAGGACAUGCUGACGCUGCAGAUGAUCCGUAUCAUGAACAACAUCUGGAUUCAGGAAGGACUGGACAUGAGGAUGGUCCUCUACAAGUGCUUCUCCACAGGCCGAGGACGAGGUAUGGUGGAGCUGAUCCCUCAGGCUGACACCCUCAGGAGGAUCCAGGGGGAACACGGGGUCACAGGGUCGUUUAAGGACAGACCUCUGGCCGACUGGCUGCAGAAGUACAACCCCUCAGAAGAGCAGUACGACAAGGCGGUGGAGAACUUUAUCUUCUCGUGUGCUGGCUGCUGUGUGGCCACAUACGUCCUGGGCAUCUGUGACAGACACAAUGACAACAUCAUGAUGAAGAGCAGCGGCCACAUGUUCCACAUAGACUUUGGGAAGUUCCUCGGACACGCACAAAUGUUUGGGACCAUCAAGAGAGAUCGCGCCCCCUUCGUCUUCACCUCGGACAUGGCGUACGUCAUAAAUGGAGGAGACAAACCGUCGAGUCGCUUCCAUGACUUUGUCGAUCUGUGCUGUGAGGCCUACAAUCUGAUCAGGAAACAUACACACCUGUUCUUACACCUGCUGGGACUGAUGGUCUCCUGUGGAAUCACGGAGCUCUCAGACCUUGACGACCUGAAAUAUGUGUAUGACGCUCUGAGGCCGACCGAGUCUGACACUGACGCCACCAUGUACUUCACCAGACUGAUCGAGUCGAGUCUUGGAAGCGUCGCCACCAAACUGAACUUCUUCAUCCAUAACUUGGCUCAGAUGAAGUUCACCACCAAUGAAGAGCGCCCCCUGCUGUCCUUCUGUCCCCGAGUGCACACAGCCAGAAGUGAUGGUGUCAUCAGGAGUCUGUACAUCUGCAAACACCAGAGAGAUAGCAAGGGAUAUGUGUUUGUGGUGAAGGUGGAGCGGGAGCAUGAGGCGACAGUUGUGCGCAGGACCUUUGAAGAAUUCCACGAACUCCACAGUAAGCUGAGGCUCAUCUUCCCCUCCAGCAAACUGCCCAGGUUCCCAAGCCGCUUUGUGAUUGGUCGGUCCCGAGGAGAGGCGGCGGCGGAUCGGAGGAAAGACGAACUGAACGGAUAUGUUUGGCAUCUGCUGCACACAGAGCCCGAAGUUGCACAGUGUGACCUGGUGUACUCGUUUUUCCACCCUCUGCCCCGAGACGAGAGUCCAGCAGAGCGAGCAGCAGCCAAACCCGCAGAGCGCUGGAGUCCGCUGUCGGGGGCGGAGCUUGGACAGGUCAAACUUUCAAUCUCCUACAAGAACCACAAGCUCUUCAUCAUGGUCAUGCACAUACGAGGCCUGGCGUAUCAGCCGGCUCCACUGCACGGCUCUACUGCACGGCUCCACUGCACGGCUCCACUGCACGGCUCCACUGCACAGCUUCACUGCACGGCUCCACUGCACGGCUCCACUGCACGGCCCCUCUGCACGGCUCCACUGCACAGCUCCACUGCACGGCUCCACUGCACGGCUCCUCUGCACAGCGCUUGGUCAACCUUUUGUUCCCCGCUGGUGCUGGGGGGUCUGGUGUCAGUCUAA